AUGGUUGCAGCAAUGAACAGCGACGUACUGCAAGCUCUCCACCAAUCUCUCCAGAAAAUCUCAUUUGCGUCACUUCUCUCCCACGAAGAAGAAAAGAAGGGGAAGCUUGCUGAGAUUAAGUAUGUAUUGGACGAGCUGAUCCGGAAAAUGGAUCUUGAGGCAAGAAGUUUGCAGCAGAGUGCUGACGCUGUGUGUCUUUUUAAACUAAGAGAGUAUAAAGCUGAUAGUGACAAAAACAAAGCUGAUCUGAAACCAGUUGAAGAAAGAUUUCAAACGAAUGUCGUCGCCAGAUGUCAACCAGUCUACAUGUGA